AUGGCCCCCACAAAUUCCAAGGCUGAUGGUGACAUGGCGAAUGCAAAAGACUGGAAAGCUGGAAUUCGAUCACUGGGGCCUGGAGCUCCUUCCACUGAGUAUUUUCCCUUCUACGGUAUGGAUUGGGACGCAGCAUCAACUGAAGGGCUCAAAUUUGGCGGCAGCAGUACUCCAGAAACCACAAGAUUUCAUGCUGGAAAGCAUGACAGUCAAAAUGGGGAGAGCAUAUAUGACAUUGCCAUUGCUUUACAGUAUGGCCAGGGAACUGGAUCAACACAACUCUUGAAAUUUCUGUCAGAGCAUAUCAACCUGAUUCACAAUCCUCCGUACAAAGACUGGAAGUGUAUCCUUACAGCUGGUAACACUUCCGCUCUCGACAUCGUUUUUCGAAUGCUCGGACAGAUGGGUGACUACAUUCUUGUGGAAGAGUACACCUAUCCUACAGUCUAUGAAACUGGAGUGCCAAUGGGCUACAAGUUUGCCACCGUUCGAAUGGAUGAGUUGGGCAUCAUUCCUGCGGAGUUGGAUUCUGUCCUGACCAAUUGGAGUGAGCGAGAACGAAAUGGUAAAAAGCCAGUCCUCUUGUACACUAUACCAUGUGGCCAAAACCCUUCCGGGGCGACGCAACCCAUUGAGAGAAAGCACGAAAUCUAUGCGGUGGCCCAGAAGCACGGCGUGUACAUCCUUGAAGAUGAUCCGUACUACUUCAUUCAGAUGCCACCGUACAAAUCAUCAUUACUACCAUUGGAUGAAAAGCAAAGCCUAGAGCCAGAGACAGAUUCAUUCCCAACAUCCGUUGAGCAAUUUGCCAGGGCGCUGAUUCCCAGUUAUCUCAGCAUUGACACAGAUGGGCGAGUGUUCCGAAUGGAUUCUUUUUCAAAGAUAAUUGCCCCAGGUACUCGCAUGGGCUGGGUCACUGCUUCAGAACAGGUAAUCGAGCGCAUGGUGCGAGCCCACGAAGUUUCUGUGCAGAAUCCCAGUGGUUUCUCCCAAAUUGCGAUAUUCAAGCUUCUGCAUGAUACCUGGGGUCAUGUCGGGUUUGUGAAAUGGCUGCGUCAUUUACAGAAAGAAUACACCAGAAGGCGCAACACAAUGUUUGAUUCAUUCGAGCGGUAUCUGCCACAUCAGGUCGUGACUUGGAAUCCCCCAACUGCCGGAUUUUUCGCUUGGAUUUCGAUCGACUGGAAGAAACAUCCGAGUGCGAACGACAUGUCAGCUCGAGAGAUCGAACAAGAAAUCUACAAAUCAGCCAUCGAGCACAACACUCUCGUUGUCCCGGGGAGUUGGUUUAUGCCUAGUAACGGAGAAAAUGUUCCAAUGGAAAAGAUUUUCUUCCGAUUGAACUUCGCAAGUGUCUCUCUGGAGACUGUGCAGGAAGCAAUUAAAGGCCUGGGAAUAGCUAUUCGGAAAACAUUCUGCCUUCGACAGCUAGAGCAAUCGCUUUAA